UGCAAGGCUCCACUAUCCUGAGCAGGAGCACAGAAGACAGCAGCCAUGGCCAUUGUAUUCACGGCUAUCCGGGUCCUAUUGGGGUUCUUCUUCGGUGUCGCGGGAGUGGUUAAGCUGACAGACCAAGUAUCUGCGGAGGUGUACCAGCAAAUGAAGUCUCAGUUUGUGCAGUUUGCUGAUGUGUUUCCUCUCAAAGACUUUGGUUUCAAGCCUGAUCCAUACCAGUAUUUACAGGCAGUGGGGUGGAUAGAGCUGGUGGCUGGGAUACUCCUGGCUUUUGGUCCUCAGAUUCUUCAAGAGAUUAGUAACCUUGUGCUUUGUAUUAUCAUGAUUGGUGCCAUUUACACUCUACUAGUACUGAAUGAACCAAUUGCCAUGUGUGCUCCAGCCACUGUUUCUCUGGGGCUUCUCUUGCUGCUUAAAAUUCGUGGACAUGGCCAAAAAUCCAAAUCAAAGGCUGAGUAAGAAGCAUCAGAUGUCAUGUGGACCAGCGUUGGACCAGUCACCUUUCAGAACCAAAAUUUGUGUCGUGUUGCAGGGGCUGUUACAAUAGAUUCUACUAUCGCGUAGACUCUAUUGUAGUUGGCUCUGCAGACUGUUUUAUUCACCCAGCCUUUCGUACCUGCCAUGUUUUAAUAUCUUACCAGUGAUAAACAGUAUAUCUCAGGUUUUAGAUUUUGGAUAAGAAAAUGUCUGUCAUGCCCAUUUAUUAGUCCUCAGGGCACUUGAGACCAGUUAUCUCACUAUAAAGAGUAAUCUCUUUUUCAUUAAUAAAUAUUUUUUCAACAGA